ACAAUUGUUUACAAUUAUCCAGAAACAGGUGCCUUAUUUGCCUUGCUGAGGGUGUCAGAAGCCCGUUAUCCACUGGAUUUACCUCCCCUGCAUCUUUGGAAGUAACUAGAGACAAGCGAUGCGGGAGAAGGGGAAGGAUGACAUACGGCUUUGGGAGAGUGAGAGCCUGCUGCUGUAGAAGGCAGAAAGGAGAACAGAGGGAGGGGACUGGAGAGAGAAGUGUGAGAAUCAGAGCAGUGGAAAAGGAAGACAAUUUAGCAGAGGCACUUGGGGCUUGGAGUCAAAUUGGGGAUACACGGCCUGGAGGAGGGUUGCUGGGGUGUUUCCUUGUUCUGUGAUUCUUUAGGGCUUGCAAUGAACUGUAGGCACCUGCCGAGGGAGGACCCUUUUAAGAUUGAGUGUUUCCUGCUAGCACGCCCAAGCCGUGACCCUCUGCAGCAGUAGCUCAGCCCUGCCUGGAGCUCUGGGCUGACGGGGGUGGCAUUAGUGUCUGGCACGUGACCUGUGCUAAAAGCCCAAUUUAGACACAGUGGCUUUUAACCCAACGUAAGCUGGCUGAGCAAGCCCGAGUCCUCUGCACUUUUCCUGGGCUGCACUAUCAUGUGUUGAAAGUGAUGUAUCCUAUCUAUCCUAAACCUUUAGAAAGUAUAAGUCAAUAUAUGCUGAUUUGGCAUCUUUAAGUCCUAGUCUAAAGAAGUCCGAAUACAACCUGCCUAGGCAGGCCUAAGCCCAGGGUGAAUUAUCCAGGAGACAGUGCCCAUCGGUGCUUCCCAGUGCAACGUGUGCUGCAGGCUGCUGCCCCCAUGAUGUGUGAGGCAGGGCUGAUCACACCGGAGCCCUCUGGCCCCAUGCAGUACUAUGGCGAGUCGUCUGACACCUACUACCACGUGGACCGCUGGCAGAGGCUGCGCACAGCUGUCAGGAAGCUGGAGUUCUGGGAAAACUUCAACGCUGAGCUGAUAGGCAGCGGCUUCUUCUCCAAGGUCUACAAGGUGACCCAGGCUGCUUCUUGUAAAGUGAUGGUGGUGAAGAUCUACAAGAAUGAUGUGGACCAAGAGGUGAUUGUGCGUGAGAUCAGCCUGCUGCAGAAGCUGUCCCACCCCAACAUUGUCAGGUACCUUGGUAUAUGUGUGAAGGAUGACAAGCUCUACCCGAUUCUGGAGUACGUGAAUGGGGGUUGCCUGGAGGAGCUCCUGGCCAGCAAAGACAUUGCUUUGACAUGGAAGGAAAAAGUGGACUUAGCUUCUGACAUCACCAGAGGCAUGAUCUACCUGCAUUCCAAGAACAUCUACCACCGAGAUCUCAACUCCAAGAACUGCCUCAUUCGAGUGACGCCGCGGGGCCGCGAGGCGCUGGUGACCGACUUCGGGCUGGCCAGGGAGGUGGUGGAGCUGCCUGUGAAGGAUGUGGAGAGGAAGCUGUCUCUGGUGGGCUCUGCUUUCUGGAUGGCUCCUGAGAUGCUACGGGGAGAGCCCUAUGAUCGGAAGGUGGACGUGUUUUCCUUUGGCAUUGUCCUCUGUGAAAUCCUGGGCAGGAUCCCAGCUGACCCCGAAGUGCUUCCCAGGACUCAGGAUUAUGGCUUGGAUGUUGCUGCCUUCCAAGGAAUGAUCAGUGAAUGCCCCAAGCGGGUGAUGGAUCUCACUGCUAGCUGCUGUCGGGCUCUGCUUGAAGGCAAGGGGUUGGGGACAUGGCUGUUUCCACGUUUCCCUGGCCAGGCUCCGAUGAAGAGCUGUUGCAUUUGGACAGAUAUUUUGUUCCUGCUGCCAGUCUCAGAAAAAGUCCGUGGAGCCAUCCACUCAUCUCUGGACAGCCUGCCAGGGCAGAAGGCAGAUGGGUCUUAAUGGAGAAGGAGAAGGAAAAGUUACGCCUAAACCAAUUAGAGGAUCUUCAGUGCAAGAUGAACAACGACAGGGAGAUUUUCACCCAAGGUCAUUUUAUCAUGAGGGUGUUCCAGUUGUCACGUGAGCUACAGCAGAUGGAUUGACAAAGUCCCUUUUGGGGAAAAGGUUGUUUGUUUGUGUGCAUUUGCUGGGGAUUCCGUAAAAUAUAGCGGUAGUCCCUCCUCGCGCACCUCUGGACUAUGGGUUGGUAAUAACCAUUAAUCGUAACAAAAUAUUGGCAUGGUGAUUAGAAUUAAGGACAAUAUUUACUUUGAUAGUUUAGCAAUGUAUGCAUAGUCCUGGAAAUUCACUCCAUAAUUUUAACACUCCUCGUUUCAGUGCCAUUAAAGAAAAGCAUAAAAUAAAAGUCUGGGAUUAUUUUGGCUCUAACUCAAACCAAAAAUCCUCAUACAAUAUAUUUCCAAAAAAAACUCGAGGUUGAUAUUUAUUUCUGUGUUUUAUGCUUCACACAUUAAAUACUCUAGUUUAAAGACCCCCAGACUUUCACAGUCAAAAAGCCGGUGUGACAAGAUGUUUUGGAGCUCUUUUUGCUGCUGGCCGGCGCAGGGGCAGGGAGCUGCGCGCCCGCAGGGGUCGGGACAGCCUCACUCCUCUGCUCCGGGCCACUCACCAGCCAGCCGCCUGCCACCUUAAAAGGAAUGUAGCUUCGAUAUCUGUCUGUCAGAGUCCCAGGACUUUCACUGAUUUGUUUAUCGAGAGUCCCAGCAAAGGACCUUCGCAGCAUCAGAUUCACAAGAAUCAAAAUUAGUUAUUUAUUGAGAGCGACAGAACAGAUUCGAGAUUGCCGUUGAUAAAUUCACUAACUACAAUAGCGCUAUUAAUGAAGGUUAAUAUUGCUAGCAAACACAAUAACAAUACAACCUGGGGUAACACUCCCCAGAGGGUGAAGGCACUGACCCAGCACGGCGUCUGGCCUGGGGCGGAGGGAGAGAAUGCAGCCUGUCUGCUGGUCCGUCAGCUAUCGAGUUUCUUCUCUCCCAAUUUAACAGUCAUUUUCACCAUCUCCUUAUCCCCAAAAUUACAAGGUUUCCCUCCCCUAGGUGACGUGUAGUAUGAUUUGGGUUGAGAGACAAGUGCUAGAGUGCUAUAUAUGUUUAGCAUGAUCUCUAUAAUCUUCAUUAGCACAUACAGGGGUGUCAAAUUUAAUAUGCAUUUCACAGGUAACGAGACAAAGGUCAGUCAUGGGGCACGGUAGCCUUUCAAAGAGGCAAAGAACUACACAGGUUCCUGUUACCUUGAUUUUACUGUCUUUGCUGACGAGAAGUAGGACUGUCCUGUCUACACAAGGCAGCUCCCUCCUCGUCUUCAUCCCACGAUGGCUGGACAAGCCUCCGCUCCCCUGGGUUGCACAAGCGUGUCCAGAGGAGAGCGACCAGGCUGGUGAGGGGUCUGGAGACCAGGGCAUGUGAGGAGAGGCUGAGGGAGCUGGGCACGUUUAGCUUGGAGAAGAGGAGGCUGAGGGGAGACCCCAUUGCCCUCUACAGCUACCUGAAAGGAGGGUGCAGAGAGGUGGGUGUUGGGCUCUUCUCCCAGGGGAAUAAUGACAGGACCCGAGGAAAUGGGCUGACGCUGCGUCAGGGGAGGUUUAGGUUAGAUAUGAGGAAGAAUGACUUUACUGAAAGAGUGGUCAGGCACUGGAACAGCCUGCCCAGGGAGGGGGUUGAGUCACCAUCCCUAGAGGUGUUUAAGAAAAGUCUAGAUGUGGCACUUCGGGGCAUGCUCUAGUGGCAGAGAUUGUAGGGCUUUUUUUGGUUUGUUUGGUUGGGUUUUUUUCGUUUUGGGGUUGUUUUGGUGGUUUUUUGUUUUUUUUUUGGUGUGUGUAUGGUUGGACUUGGUGAUCUCAAAGGUCCUUUCCAACCAUGAAGACUCUAUGAUUCUGUGAUUCUAAGAGUAGCAAAGCCAGUCUUAAUUGUUCUUUGAGCACAGAGAUUUCACCUCAUUAUCCAAAUUCCAGAGCACCCCAUCCAGGUCCACCUCGUGGAGCACAGCCACGGCGCGGCAGUCCCGGGGACGCACCAGCCACGUAGGACCCACCUCUGGCUACCAGCUCCUGGCAGCUUGUUGCUCCCACGUAGAUGUAAAACCAAGAAUUAAUUACUGGUGAGUGAACUGGAAAAGGAAACUAGAAUUGCUGGCAAGGUUGUCACAGUUUUAGGGGUUUUAAAACUGUAUAAAUACAGGGAAAGGAAAGUGCUGACAAUAGUUGGGUAGAACUCAGCUGGGCACAGGUCUUAUUCUCAGGUUGUUUAUUUUUAGAUGGAGAUGUACACAAGAAUUUAUUCAGAGACACAUAUUUCUGUCUAAAGAGACUGACCGAAGCACAUGUUCCCCAAAUCCCAUCAUUUCAUUUCAGCUCGAAGCAGCUUUUCCGUUUGGCUUUUUUUUUUUUUUAGGUUUUUUUUUAGAUUUUCUAGAAUUUUUUGUAGAUCCUUGUAGAUUUGUGUACCUUCAGUUGCAAAAUGAAAUUUUAUUACAGACAUGAUAUAAAAGACCAGACGAUAUAAAACACAACAAAAAAAAGAGACAACAAGAUGGGUUUUUUGGGAAACACCCACCU